UUGCGUCCGAGUCGGAGCAACCGAUGUGUAUAGAGAAAAAGGGAAAGCGCUAAAGCGUAAAACUCUGAAAGUAAAACCCCAAACCUCUCUGGUUAUAAUUACUGAUGUGCAUGUACAGGGAGGAUUGUCCCUAUACCGUCCGAUCAGAUAUUCCUAGGGUUUUCUUGUUCGAUUUUGAUCCCUUUCGCUUCAAGAUUUGCUGAGUCUUUGUUGGAUCUUCUCUUGACCGUCAUCCAUUUUUAGAUGUACAUAGUGAUAUAUUGAUUCUCUUCUUUUUCAUCAUUCUGAUCUCUUCAUCUCGACGAAGAGCUUUUGCUGGGUUUAAAGGUGAAAAAGCAAGAAGCGUAUCGGUCCACAAUUAGGCUUCUUGUUUACUAUCUGCAUUUUCAAUGUACUGUCAAUUUGACGUCAGGUAGCAGUGUCAUUUUAAUUUGAUGAGGAAGAAAAGGAAAGGAACUGAUGCGGAAGUGUCCCAGAACUUACAGGACGGUUUGAGAUCAAUAAGUGAUUCGAGAUCAUCAAAUAUCAGGUCUCACUAUUCAUUAGAAGAUUAUGCUAGGCUGAAAAAGAGGUGCAAAGAGGAUGCCAGCACACAGCCUAUUGGUUCAUGUAAAAGUAGACUUGCAGGUAUUGCUACUGCCCCACCUUGUGGUGCAUCAUCUUUGGUUUUGCCUGGACGAGGUCUGAAGAGAAAGAUAGGGUGCAUAGAUGUUGCCACUCAGACUGGAAGGAAAAACAAAAUUGGCGAUGACUUUGUUUCGGGUGUCACAAUAGGGCAAGGAAAAUUCGGGUCUGUUUGGUCAUGUAGGUCCAAGACUACUGGAGCAGAAUUUGCUUGUAAAACUCUCCGCAAGGGAGAAGAGACAGUUCACAGAGAGGUGGAGAUAAUGCAACACUUAUCUGGUCAUCCUGGGGUUGUGACAUUGCAUGCUGUGUAUGAAGAGCCGGAAUGUUUUCAUCUUGUAAUGGAAUUAUGCUCUGGGGGACGUUUGAUUGAUCAAAUGGUGGAGGAAGGCCGAUACUCAGAGCAACAUGCUGCUAAUAUGUUCAAGGAUGUAAUGCAGGUUAUCAGAUAUUGUCAUGACAUGGGGGUUGUGCAUAGAGAUAUAAAGCCCGAGAACAUUCUCCUGACAACUUCAGGAAAGAUAAAGCUGGCAGAUUUUGGUCUGGCCAUGAGAAUUGCCAAUGGUCAAACUUUAUCUGGUUUGGCUGGAAGUCCAGCUUAUGUUGCCCCUGAGGUAUUGUUGGGAAAUUAUUCGGAGAAAGUUGAUAUAUGGAGUGCCGGUGUCCUCCUACAUGUGCUCUUGGUCGGUGUUCUUCCAUUUCAAGGAGAUUCUCUAGAAGCAGUUUUUGAGGCAAUCAAGAAUGUAAAGCUUGAUUUCCACACAGGGAUGUGGGAAUCAGUGUCUAAACCAGCACGUGAUCUGAUUGCAAGAAUGCUGACAAGGGAUGUUUCGGCAAGAAUAACUGCUGAUGAAGUACUGAGUCAUCCAUGGAUAUUGUUCUACACUGAGCGGACACUUAAGACAUUAUCUAGCAAGACAAAAUCUAAAAACCAAGUAGGGACUUCUUCAUGCCUCUGUGCCCUUCCUUCUGUUCCAGAGUUGGAUGGAACAAAUGAGAAUGAUGGUAGUGGCUCUUGCAGAAGAGCUUUGUAUAAAGCUUCAACAUCUGACUGUUCGAGCUGCAAAUCAGAGGAGCAAGACGAAAGUGGUUUCGUGGAUGUGCUUGCAGUGGCAAUGACUAACGUGAGAAUUUCAGAACCGAAGAGGAGUAGAGUUUGUAGUCCAACUAGCCCUAUAGUAGAACAACAGCACUCAUCUAACUUGAGGGCUAACAGUCUCUGCAGAGCAUUCUGAUCGUGAUGAUAAUGAAACUAAUCACUAACAUCAUUAUCUCCGCUGGUUUUUUGAGCUGGGGACAUUAAAGUAGACCUGCCCCCGCUGCUAUAUUCAGUGGGCUAACGAUGCUUAACAAAGUGAUCUGUCGCUGGGAUUUGACUGAUAUGCUUCUUUGCGUUCUUGUUUAUCUUGUUGACCUGAAAAUGUUUCUGGCUAACCAUGUACAGAAAUUUGUAAAUAUGAUGUUACCAGCAUCCCAAAUGAUCAUUAUCUCAUGAUUAUUGGAUAUUUGCAGAUUGUUCCUUGCCUGACAUGCAAGUACAGGUAUUUAUUAAUUUCAGCAGCUAUAGAAGUGGGUGGGAUUCCCUCUGGCACAA